AUGUCGCCCAGCGGCGAACGCCUCAAGGAUGAGGGCUCCCGUUUGCAGGUUGUAACGGCCGGCGCCACCGCCGGCCUGUUUGCUCGCUUUGUCAUUGCCCCCCUCGAUGUCGUCAAGAUCCGCCUGCAGCUGCAGACGCACUCGCUCUCCGACCCUCUGUCGAUCCGAUCAGCCAGGGGCGGGCCCGUGUACAAGGGCACCCUGAACACCAUGAGGCACAUCAUCGCCAACGAGGGCAUCACUGGCUUAUGGAAGGGAAACGUCCCCGCCGAGAUGAUGUACGUGUGCUACUCGGCCGUUCAGUUCACGACGUACCGCACCACGGCGCAGUUCCUCAAGACCGCGUUUGACAACCGCCUACCGAACGCCGCUGAAUCCUUCAUCGCCGGAGCCGCUGCCGGCGCGGCCGCCACGACAGCCACAUACCCCCUCGAUCUCCUACGAACCCGAUUCGCGGCGCAGGGCAACGACCGGGUGUACACAAGCCUCCGGCGCGCGGUGGCGGAUAUCUAUCGGGACGAGGGCCCACGCGGCUUCUUCCGCGGCCUCGGACCCGGCGUGGCGCAGAUCGUCCCGUACAUGGGCAUCUUCUUUGCUCUGUACGAGGGCCUGCGGCUGCCGCUGGGCGAUCUGCACCUGCCUUGGGGCGGCGGCGACGCCACGGCCGGCGUCCUGGCCAGCGUGCUGUCCAAGACGGCCGUCUUCCCGCUCGACCUGGUGCGGAAGCGCAUUCAGGUCCAGGGGCCGACGAGGGCGCGGUACGUGCAUAAGAAUAUCCCCGAGUACCCCGGCGCGGUGCGCGCCAUGCGCAUCAUUUUCGCGAAAGAGGGUGUUCGCGGGCUGUACCGGGGUCUCAUGGUGAGUCUCAUCAAGGCUGCGCCGGGGAGCGCGAUCACGGUUUGGACGUAUGAGAGGGUUUUGAGGGUGUUGCAGAGACUUGAUGGUUCUGAUGACCAGCGGUUUUGA